UCAAAGAAAGUGGCAGUAGGGUUCGAGAGAGCUGCUCUCUGACGAUGGCGAUGCUCCGGUACGCCGCCGGCCUGGCGCUCCGCCGGUCGGCAUCUCCACCUGACGCCGCGGUCUCGCGCUUCUUGGGCAGCGCUGGAUGCGGCAACCCCGCCGCCGGCCUGCCGCUCCUCCGGCGGCCGUCACCUCCGCCUGGUGUUGCUGCUGCUGCGACGGCGGCGGCCUCUCGCUUCUUCAGCAACGGCAGCCGGCCUGGAUCCAGCAACACCAACUCGACGCUUGGCAAGCCUAUUGAGGACACCAAGGAAGAUGUGUACCCAAGGACCCGCAAGUCACCUGCCAAGAUACGCAUAAUUCUGAAAUCUUUCAAUAACCAGAAGAACAAUCUGAAGGAGCUUGCGCCGUACAUGCAUAAGGUCGGGUUGCCUGAAUCGCGGUCCUUAUACACCGUGCUGCGAUCACCUCAUAUUGAUAAGAAAUCCAGGGAGCAAUUCUCAACGCAUGUGAAGAAAGUGUUUGUGGAGAAAACAGCGGAGACGCAUGAACUGGCCAAGAAGUUCUACUGGUUGAAACGGCUUCGUAUAUUGGGGGCUCAGUACGAAGUCGUCAUUAAUUUCAAGACACGCUUGGGUAAGAAGAUUGGCUGCAGCAAAGGUGGUGGCCUGCUUCGACAUCCAAAACAGGGUUCAGGCAUAGAAUAAAAAGGAGGUACUAGAGCUGCUUUCAGGCCACACACAAGCUAUCCAUCCAACUUGUGUGGAUCUUAAUUUCUGGCCUUGGUCUGAUCUAGCAUAUAAGUAGUACUAUAUAUUCUAUGUAAUGUCAUAUGGAACUAAGGAUGCAUGUGACCUAUCUGAGAAUGUUCUUGUUUGGUAAUCAUCCAUGUAUUUCGAAAGAUGGUGAUAAUAAUAUGUGGAG